AUGACAACCCUUGCUCCGCGCACCCAGCACCCGUACUACAUGUACGAGGCCAUCGCCGCCCAGCCCGACGCCAUACGUUCGGUCAUCUCGACCCAGAAAGAGCGUUGCGCAGAGGUGGCCGAGGUUCUUUCGCAAAAACGCCGCAUCUACGUCGUGGGCAUUGGCACAUCGUGGCACGCGGCGUUGGCGGGAGCGUCCAUAAUGGAAGCAGGGCAGAUGGAAGCAGGGCCGAUGGACGCCGGCCCGGAGGCUUUCGCGUGCAAUUCGUUCGAGUUCUGUGUGUCGCCGCCGCGCGUCACGGCGGACGACGCAGUCAUCGUCAUCAGCCAUCGCGGCACCAAGCGGUCAUCCUACGACGCGCUGGACGUUGCCAAGGAUCUCGGGGCCUAUACCGUCGCCAUCACUUCGACCGACCCGGGGCCACGCAUCCAGGUCGCCGACGUCGGUAUCCGGACCGUCGACCAGGAGAAGUCCGCGGCGUUCACGAUAAGCUACACCACGGCGCUCACCGUGCUUGCCCUGCUCAACCUGGGCAUAGCCGGUCGAUUGGAUGAUCCGACCAACGGGCUGGACGCGUUGCCGCAGCAAGUAGCCGACAUCCUGGAUGCAGAGGCGGACGUUCGCACGGUAGUCGCUGAGCAUCGCCUUCGGCGCAGGUUCAUCUCCGCGGGCUGGGGUGCGAACCGGGCCAAUGCCUACGAGGUCGCGCUCAAGAUAAAGGAGACCAGCCGCGCCGACUGCGAGGGUUUCCAGACCGAACAGUUACUCCACGGACCCUUCUGCUCCCUGGAUUCCGACUGCAUGCUCACGCUGAUCGCUCCUGCCGGCGAGGACCGCGGUCGCUCCGUAGAUCUGGCGAAAGCCGCUCGUGAGCUGGGCUCACCCGUGUGGGCGUUGACAAACCGGGGCGAUGCCGGGUUGGCAGACGCGGGCGCCGUCACCUUCCCGUUGCCCGACUGCCCGGCAUACCUCAUGCCGAUUGCCAGCGUCGUUCCGCUGCAACUGUUCACCUACCACCUGGCCCUGGCUCGCGGGACACAUCCCGACCUGUUCCAGCAGGACGACCCGCUCCAAGCCGCGGCGCGCACCCACUACGACCUUUAG